AUCCACCAAUUGGCUUUUAGUUUUAGGUAAAGCUUCUGGUGGAGGCUAGUAAUCGAUUUCGGUAGUUUAGAAGUAGUUGAAGGUUUUAUCAGCUUUCGAUUUGAUGGAGCCGCGAGUCGGAAACAAAUUUCGGCUUGGAAGGAAGAUCGGCGGUGGAUCAUUCGGAGAGAUCUAUCUUGGUACCAAUAUCCAGACGAAUGAAGAAGUGGCUAUUAAACUUGAAAAUGUGAAAACCAAGCAUCCUCAGUUGCUCUACGAAUCAAAAUUGUACAAAGUAUUACAAGGAGGAACUGGCGUUCCAAACGUUAAAUGGUAUGGUGUUGAAGGGGACUAUAAUGUCCUCGUGAUAGACUUGUUGGGGCCUAGCCUUGAAGAUCUAUUCAAUUUCUGUAGUAGGAAACUCUCACUAAAGACUGUACUAAUGCUUGCAGAUCAAAUGAUCAAUCGCAUUGAGUUUGUCCAUCAGAAGUCAUUUCUACAUCGGGACAUCAAGCCUGACAACUUUCUGAUGGGUCUUGGGAGGCGCGCAAAUCAGGUAUAUGUCAUCGACUUUGGUCUGGCAAAGAAGUAUAGAGACUCAAAUCAUCAGCAUAUUCCUUACAGAGAAAACAAAAACUUGACUGGAACUGCUAGAUACGCUAGCAUGAACACUCACCUUGGCAUUGAACAAAGUCGUAGAGAUGAUUUGGAGUCACUUGGAUUUGUUCUCAUGUACUUCUUAAAAGGAAGUCUUCCUUGGCAAGGACUGAAAGCUGGAAAUAAGAAGCAAAAGUAUGAGAAAAUCAGUGAAAAGAAAGUAUCGACAUCUAUUGAGGCUUUAUGCCGAGGUUAUCCAUCUGAAUUUGCAUCUUAUUUCCAUUAUUGCCGUUCUCUGAGAUUCGACGACAAGCCAGACUAUGCCUACCUGAAACGGCUUUUCCGUGACCUGUUUAUUCGUGAAGGUUUCCAGUUUGAUUAUGUAUUUGAUUGGACGAUCUUGAAGUAUCAGCAAUCACAGAUUUCUACUCCUCCUCCUCGUCAUCAUGGUCCUGUAGUUGGGCCAAGCUCUGGCCUCCCCCCUGCCAUUACUAGUGCUGAGAGGCCAUCAGGUGGCGACGAAGCUAGACCUUCUGGCUGGUCAUCAGGAAUCCCUAGACGAAGUUCUGGACAAAUUUUUAACUCAGGAAGCUUAGCUAAACAAAAAGCACCAGUUUCAAGUGAUCCUGCAAUAUCUAAAGAUGUAGUGUUAUCGAGCUCUAGCUUUCUCCGCGCAACUGGGUCAUCAAGACGUGCUGCUGUAUCCAGUAGUCGCGAGGCUGCAGUUCUGGGAACUGAUUCUGAGCUAUCAAACCCUCAAAUCAUUGAAGCUGGAUCAGGCUCCAAUUCAAAGAUCCCUGUUGGUCGAAGCUCCCCUAUUGUCUCAUCUGAGAUCAACAAGCUAUCGUCACCUUCAAGGGCGACUACUUCAGUCAUGAAGAACUAUGAGGCUAAUCUUAAAGGGAUCGAGAGUCUGCAUUUUUAGUCGUUGGGGCCAGUGAAUGAUCUUGAAACCCCGGGACAAGUGUAAAUUAAAAGACAAAAGAAAACCUCUCUUAGGCCCUCCCCAUGUUUUACGUGCAUUUGUGUUCACAGGGAGGGAGACUUUACUUGUGCCUGUAAGCACACACUCAAAUAACAAAGAUAAGGAAAAGAC